AUGCUGCCUUGGGCCUGUUAUUUCGCUUUCCUUCAAGACUGGGUUCGAAAUCAAACUCCAAGGAAGCCUAGACUUUAUAAAAUACACAAGGCUUUCACUGUCCUUGAAAGCGAGAUCAUAGAAUUGAAACAACCAGAACCUUUGCCAUUGGCCCCAAGCGACUCUUCCCUUCAUCAGAGCAUUUAUGAUGCAGUCAACUCAUCUAUAUCAGAGAAAAGUUCCCGGUAUUUUGUUGUAGUUGUUGUAGCAGGAAAACAGUUUAAGGUGACGAAUAAUGAUCUGAUAAUGGUUAGAUCACCCUUCCUUGGAACUGAUGUUGGUGAUCGUAUCCAGUUACAAAAGGUUAUACUGUUGGGGUCGUCAGAUUUCACUAUUAUUGGUCGACCGAUUUUGCCAGUCAAUCAGGUCUUUGUUGAAGCUGUAAUCAUUGAAAAGACUCUUGAACAUCCCAAAGUGUGGUUACAGUUCCAUCGUCGUCGUAGACACCAAAAACUGAGAGUGUACCAAGACAAUGUUACUGUCCUCCGAAUCACUGACAUCCGUCCCAAUAUGUUGGAAACAUGA